GAAAAGGUACCGGUCCAACAAGGCGGCCACGACACGAGACGCGCCGAUGGACCCCAGCGCUGGCGGCGGCGGCGACCCCGCGGCGGCGAGGGGGGCGGGGGCCGGGCGGUGGGCGGUGGUCGCGGUGUGCGGGGGGCUGGUCUACUACCACUGCGCGGUGCGGCGCGCCAGCGCGGUGUCCCUCGCCGCCGACGUGCUCCUCGUCCUCCUCUGCUCGCUCUCCAUCCUCGGCCUCCUCUUCCGCCACCUCCACAUCUCGGUGCCGGUGGAUCCUCUUGAAUGGCAGAUUUCUCAGGAAAUGGCAAAUAGCAUAGUUGCAUCCUUGGCUAAUACCAUAGGUGCUGCUGAGUCUGUGUUAAGGGUGGCUGCAACUGGACAUGACAAGAAGCUAUUUUUCAAGGUGGUGUUUACAUUGUAUUUUCUAGCAGCUUUGGGAAGAGUGGUGUCAGGAGCUGCAGUUGCUUAUGCUGCACUAUGCAUCUUCUGCCUCUAUAUGUUUGCACAAAGCACCGAUCUAUUUGAUCAACUUCCUUCCUGGGUACCUGUGGGAAGGGAUUCAUUGGGCAGUGCUCAGGAUACCACGUGAUUUCCACAUGUACAUGGACGACAGUGCUCUUCUUUUUUUUCCCCUCCUUUUGUACAUGGUCCUGCAGGCUAAUAGCUUGAACUAUGGCAUCUAUGGCGACUGGACUCGAUGUUUUACCAACUGUGGAGUCACGACCUCUGUAUAUCAUGAUAUGUUUCCAAGUGCGGAUCUCUUUGGCUAGCCAUGAUCUCGUGAUUCGAGGUUGGUCGUGAAAUAUGGCCUUGUGUGUUUUGCUUGAUCACGGUUACCUUUGCCUGAACCUGAUGUUGCAACAGGGCCUAUGAGAUUGCAUUGUCAGUUGUUCGUGUAAUUUUCCUUCAAAAAAGUUGUUCGUGUAAUCUGAUAAAGAAUGGCAUUUCACCACAUAUUAAUGCUUACGCAUGUCGAGGCAUCGCGUCCUA